GGACCUAUUUCAUCCUGUACGACUUCAACGAUAUCUUUGAGAAGGACCAGGCGAGCUUCUUGGAGAGGGACAGGUUCCUGGGGAUCAUCAACAAUAUUUUCAAAAACAUGUCUCAAGUCGAAAGGGAGGCUAUCACCUUUCAGUAUACUGACUGGGAGGAUCAGUACAACGGUUACACGUAUCAGAAGAUGGUAGCAGACGUAGUGGGCGAUUAUUUCUUCAUCUGCCCGUCGAUCCACUUCGUGCAACUGUUCGCAGAUCGCGGGAUGAAAGUCUACUACUAUUUCUUCACGCAGAGGACGAGCACGAACCUAUGGGGCGAGUGGAUGGGGGUGAUGCAUGGGGACGAGGUCGAGUACGUGUUCGGGCAUCCGUUGAACACGUCCUUAAAGUACAGCGACAAGGAACGGGACCUGUCCCUCAGGAUGAUACUCUACUUCGCCAAGUUCGCCUAUUCUGGGAAACCGACGAAAGAUGAGACAGAGUGGCCACCGUACUCGAGAGACGAGCCGAAGUAUUUUAUUUUUGAUGCAGAGAAGACCGGACUCGGCAAGGGGCCACGAACCACGUACUGUGCGUUCUGGAACGAGUUUCUACCAAGGUUGAAGGGAGUACCAGAUCCGAUGCCGGAAGCUUGUAACAGCGCGAUAGCGUCGAGCGUAUCGGCGGGCGCCGGGGAGCUGGGAAAUUCGUUAGCGAUCACAGUGCUAUCAUCGAUCCUAGCGCUGUUCAAGAUUUAAGAAGAGGGACCCUGGUGAUGCAUCAACCUUGCGACACAGCGGCCGAAGCAGCGGAUCAGCUGCCGGGGACCUCGUUCCGAUUCGGAUGGACCACCUUUCUCCCUCACCUAGAACGACGUUCCGACGUUCAAAGCGCCGGAGAGACUCCGAACGGAGUAGCAAAGAAUUUAGUGACGUCGAGGCUAUUAAUCAUUUCGAUGAAUCAUUCCGAAGACAAUAGGAUUUUCAUUCCAGUCGACAAAUUUCCAGUUUCGAUCAAUUAACACGUUUCAGCGGUGUCAAUCAUUUUGAUGAAUCAUUGUCAACAGAAUGGGACUUCGGUUUACGCCCCGUUUGGCUUUCAGUCGCAAAGAAUUGAAACGUUUCAUCGUCGAUCAUUUUGACGAGUCAUUCAGGAGAUAAUAGUAUUCCGAUUCACCGUUCGCAAAUUUCGUCGGCAAAGAAUCGAGACGUUUCACCGGUGUCGACGACCUGUUAAUCAUCCCGACGAUUCAUUGAGAAUCGAGAACGGGAUUCACCCUGACAAAUUUCAGCGUCGACCGUCCGGUGUUGGUUAACAGGGGGUGGCGAUGUGGGAACGAAACAGAUUUGUCGGCGACGGGGGAGAGGCAGGGACGAUUUAAUGGGGCUGUGAAAGAUUGAUGAACGUCGCUGCUCGUGAAAACGGGGACAGCCUAACGAGUUACACGUCGUUCGAGUGUCUCGGCUCUCUGGGACCUGGAGGAUACUCUAUCGAUUCACUUGGAUACCGAAAAAUUCGCCACGGAUGCCAGAGGGACGAGCGGAUCGAUCGUCCCCAAAAAUACUCGUAAUCAUCGAGAAUAGACGAAUCUGAAAUUUUAUUUAUGGCAACGAGUAUUUGUGAACAGAAUUUUAAAUCUCCUACGGAAUGUCUGUUUGUUCGAGUCAUGAAAUGGUUCUCAAGAAUGGAUGAAACAAAACUGAGAUUCACCUUUUGGUAAUAAAAUAUUGGCGAGGCAAGAAAUCAGCUGAAAAAGGAUUAGAAAUUUUUAACAAGAAUUCUUCUUUAUGAUUCUUCUGGUGGAUAAAAAAUGUUGGAGAACGAUCUGACCACGCAGUGACCAUAGGAAUUGGAAUGAAACUGGCGACGGAGGCAAUAUUCCGGUCCGAUUCGGAUGAUAAUGCGCGGACUGGCGAUUUGCAUAAAUGUGAUACCUCGGGUGGAGGUGGGAAACGGAGGGGGCGAGCGGAUCGAUAGGCGGCCGGGGACGGAAAAACGUGUGUUCUCGGCCUCGCAUAAACACCCGCGCCUCUAUUAACCACCUGUUCGUGCGCAAUCGAUGACCCAUGACACAAAAGUUUCAUUAGCAAAACGCAACAAGUGCGCCGGGGGUUUUACAUAAGAACCAGCGGGAUUUACCCGGUUGGAUCGCGUCCAGAAACCGCGAGCCCCCGUCAUCCGUUUUAGGGGAUCCGAGGAUCGAUCCGAAAGUCGUCCGAUCCGGAGAUUGUUGCCUUUUAAGAAGUUUGCGACCCGAUUUAGCGCGAGUUUCGAAGUCAGAUUGCCCUCUGAGGGGAAAAAAGUUUCACGCCGGUAGAAACCAUACCAGGAAUCCUUGAAAUGCUUCGCGAAUAAUAGAAGGGAAGUUGCAAAGUCGGGAUUAAGGAUAGUCGAGGGAACCGGAUUCCCCUCCGCCUCCGGUGACCGAGGAAUCCUUCAGCCGUACGAAACGAGGUUCAAGAACUAUCAAAAACCAAGAGAAGAUCAAGAGAGUGGAGUCAUUUCAUCUUAAAGACGCCCAAUUAGGAGCAUCAAUUUCUACCGAAAUCGAGGUCGUUCUUACUUAAGGACUUUGAUUACAUCUUGCCAAGAUUGAAAACCAUUUUUUGUCUUUCUUCAUUUGCGAAAAUGAAAGUACGUUGGAAUUAAUCAUCAGAUAUAGAAGAGUAAUUUCAUCCUGAAGAUGUAUAAUUAAACUAGCCUGAUGAAUUUCAAGGAGGAACCAAAUCUUAGAAUGAAACCACAGUAAAUUGAAAGUCCUAUAGUGUGCUUUUCAUGCUGGCCACUCGAGGACAGAAUAUAAUCGUAGAAACAGUGGAAUCCAAUCGGGUAAGAAAAUCUGCGAUUCAGUGAAUCGCUGGAAGCCGUCUUAUGGAUCCGCGUUAAAAGGAAGGGGGGACGGUCCUCGAAAAUUCAACGGGUUAAGUGCAAACUGGUGUCCUUCGUGGAAGAGGACGCGUUCGAGAGAACCGAGAGGGAGUGCCACUUGCUCAUCGAAACGAAAAACGACCAAGCGUGAAGAGGAGAAGAAGGAGGAGAGGGUGGUCCCGUGUCAGUUUCCCGAGGAAUUCACGCUCCGCUUGUCCGCUCCGCGGAAUUGGACAAACUCGCUUCUCUCUGCUCUCGGUUCUUCGAGCCGUCGUUAGAAAUAAAUUCCCUGUCUAGCUGACGCGUGUUCCGCAAGUCGGCUCUCUUUAAGUGCCGAGCUAUGAGCAAUUCAAACGGACAGAAAUCGCAAUCCCUUAAACCUAAAUAAUCACCGGAAACUAAAUAUUCAAACAAUUGGACUUACUGGACUGGAAACUUAAAGGAAGAUUACAUUUUAAUUAUCAAAACGAUUUUAUGCAAUGAUUGCACUAUUUAUAAAUCUCCAUGAGAACUUGGAUGUUUCAUAAUAAUGUUUAAUGUUUCAUAAUAAAAGAUGAUACAUAAAAUCACGCGGCAGCUGUUGGUCACAAUUUUAAAUUCCACGAGCCACUCUAUGUUCUCGAUAAUCUCUAACUAACUCCGCUUCCACUUCAACGUUCUACUUGAACUUUUGGAAAAGUUGUAAAACAAGAAAAGGAGUCGCAGAUAUUUCGAAGGAGGCAAACGAUUUCAACGACGUGGGGUCGGUCGGUCGACGAUAAAUCGUCGAAUAAAGAAGGAACAACUCGAUCGCCUGAUCGAUUUUCGAUGCUAUCACUCGAGCCUUGGAAUUCUUCACACCUGCGAAGUGAAACAUUAUUCUUGUAAGAGGAAACGCGACGUGACGUGAAUUAAAAACAGUUAAAUUUAAAAUACAACAAGAAACGAAGACACCAAAAUCAUGAAAGAAGAAGGAAAAUAAGAAAGUCCAUUUGAAGACUCGAGCAACCCCUGAAGAAAAUUGCCAUUCAUUAUGGAAAACAGUGGAAUCCGAAACGAGCAAAUGUAAACUCAACAGAACCCUUAUUGUCCGAGUCAAUUCUGGUAUAACAUCGCUCCUGCAUCCCAUUGGACCCCCUAAACGUGCCGUAAACAGGAAGUAAGCAAAAAAAGCGGUACCCUCGAGCUGAAACGCGAGCACACCCACAGAAACACACACACACACACGGAACAGAAUAAUUUCAUUUCUCUCGGCUCUCUCCUUUCCUUUUUUUCUCAUCCGGAGUUAAAGAAAAAAGAGAAUAUGGGUUCGUGCGCCCAGCUGAAGCAUGAGAGAAAGGUCAACGGAGGUGGGGAGGAGAAAAAGAAAAAAAAAAUAGAGAGCGACUUUUCAGCUCCGUCGCACGGCUGCCAUAUAUAUAUAUUUACGGAGAGAACCAGCCAAACGGAUUUAAAAAGCCAGACGCGCGCAAGGACACGUGUAUAAAGAAACAGGCAAUGGCACCUCGUGAAUUAAUCCCGUAAAACACGUUAACAAAAUAGAAACUUAAGAGGAUAUUUGUUAAGCAAUGUACAUAUACGUAUACAUACGCAGCUGUAUAUCUAAUUACAUGUACGUGUGCCGUCGAGCAGUAGACGAUUUCGAGGCAGCCGGUCAUCCCGGUGUCAUCACUUUUGCUCGGUGACGUAUGUAGGUGUCUCUACGUUUUAGACACAGUGAUCGAUUUAAGGUAUACAUAGAUAAUAUCGUAUGUAAUGUAUGCAGCGGCUCCCGGAGGCGUCCUGUGAACAAAACUACGGAAAACUACGUCUCUUGUAACGAGCGUCGUCGGGACGGCUCCGGGGAUAACGUUUUAAGAGGCCAUCCGAUGAUUUCGAGAAAAAAAAAAAAAAGAACAAAUAUAAUGAGUCGCGGCGACCGUUUCCCGCGGGACGAAUUUCCGCGGUUACCUGGAACCGAAACGACACACCCCGGCAACCGCAUCAGAGGAAUUCUAUUCAUCCGUCCCUCUCUCUGUAGUCUCUGACAAUCGAUCAAAAAUUAUUGGCGAGUUCUCGGAGUUAGAAAAACUGUUUAUUUUCCGGCGGAUCCCCCGGAGGUAACGGAAGGUAAAAGCGGAGUCGAUCGCUUUUUUCAAAAUGACUUUUUAAUACUCCGGGGGAUUCGGUCGUUUCCGUUACGAAAACUGUACAAAAAAAAAAGAAAAGAAAAAAAAAAACCAGCAGAAAAAUUCGUCGGUCGAGCUUAAAAACCGGUGAGUGACGGGAAUCGGCGGGUCGUCUCGCGUGCAAACGGCAACGCGGAAACAUGAAUCUUCCAUUUGGUACAUAUCACCUAUAUAAAUAUAUCAUAUUAUAUAUUAUAUAUAGCGAGAGAGUUGAUUCUAUCGUUAGAGAGAGACCUUUUUCGUAGCUAGAGCAUCGAGCGAUUUUAAUCAUCGUGUGACAGCGCGUGCACACAUUAAACCAAAAUGAAAAACUCAAACCAAAAAAAAAAAAAAA